AUGUCAAAAACAAAUUCUGAGAAGAUAGCUGGAUUGGAGGCAGGUGUUGCAGCCCUGGAGCAGGAUCUUACCAAGCUUCGAGGGGAAGCUGACCUCGCCAAGAAGGAGAAUACUGCACAAUUCACAGAAGUCCUGCAAGCUAUCAAUAACUUGACGAAAACUGUCAAGGGGAAACUCAUUCAAGAGGAGGAGAAGGACAAGGAAGAUCCUGAAUUUGAGCUCGAGUUUGGAUCCUUCAAAAAGGGACCCAAGGACGAUAAGAAGUGGAGCGUUUCUUUGAGAUCUAAGACAUUGGUGUACGUGAUCGCGCUGGCUUGGUUUCGUUGGAGCAUUCCUCUCUUGGGAGGAUUUAAAAGAACUGCUGUUGGAGCGAUUCAAGUUAACAGGUGA